UUUUUCCUUCCUGACUACCUCUCUCUGAAUUGGGGAAGCAUUCAUUCCCUGAACAACAAUGGCUGAUUUGUCAGUGAAAUCAUCGAAGAAGAAGAAGAGAAAGGCCCCGAAUCUUGACGAGAAAGACAGACCAUCAAAAUCUCUGCGUGGUGAUGGCUCCAGGGAGAGGAAGGAGCCUCAGGAAAUUGCAGGCGAAGGCCGAAGUUCAGCCCUAGAAGAGCUUGGAGCAAGUGUCGAGGGCGGGCGCCAGCCAUGGAGGAACCUGGAGCUAAUUCUACUGCUCCAGAGCAAGGAAGUUGAGCUUUCAAAGAAGGUUGAAGUUGCUUUUAAUUAUGUGAAUGGGAGAGGGAAAGAAAGGGUUGAUGAUGUUGACGAAGAGUUUGAAACAGUUAAGGUUGCCCGACUUGUGGUUUUCCUUAACAAUUGGGUCCAGUCUCUGCUGCUCUCCGCUGACAAGAAACUGCGUGUUAACGAGGGAGAACUGAGAGAGGCAUGUUUAGACCACAGAUGCUGGGUCAUUCUAAAGUUCUGCUUGCAGGAGUCUUUGAGAUGGCAAGUUUCCUUGAGUUUCUCGCGUAAUCUCUUACGGGCUUUAGGAUGCGUUGCAAAAAAUAUGUAUCUGCAUUCAGGAGAAUCAUCUCCUGUUGGAGACGAAGUUGACUUUCGAACUGUUGUUUUCGACUGUGCCUCUAGCAUGUUUGUCUGCCAUGGUGGCUUGUCAAAUGAGAAUCUAGACCUAUGGAUUUCAACCGUCCAGACAGUUCUUGAACUUGUGAAAGGAAUUUAUCAGCAGAAGUUUGAUUGUGGAGAUGCAGAUGUUCUGGCUCUGAAGUUCUCUUGCUUAGUUCUUGAAGCAUUUUCCAAGUUUUUGAGGGUUCAUCCUACUCGUAAAAAUGGAUUCCGGGACUUUGUAGAUGGGCUGCUUGAUCCACUGUUGUGCUUGUUGGGUAUCUUAAAUCAUAAGUUAGAUGGGACUGGCAUUGCAGGAAACUUACUGACUGCGGUUGAGGAAAUUUUGGCUCAUGGAGUAUUUCAUCCAACACAUAUUGAAGGUUUUCUCAGCUUAAAUAGUGCUGGAAAGUAUUCCUCAUCCAUUGUUGAUGACCAGAAGGAAACAAGAACAGUACUCAGAAGUUACCACAGACAUUUCUUUGAUAAGCUGGAGAAAGUCAGGGCUGCAAAAGGCGAGUCUUCCUUCAAUGGCUUGGGACGAUUAUUCCGCUUGCUCAUUGAUUGUUUGAAAAGGCAAAAGAUGGCCCCGUUACUGUCUGGCGAUACCAAGAAGAGCGAGAAAACUGAAAGCUCAAAACACGUUUCUGGUACUGAGUCUAAGAUGUUACACAGCUAUUUAACUGCAGAGAAAAGAAAAUCAAUUUUUGAAUUUUUCGUAGAGAUCAUGGAACCGCUUUUGUGUCAGAUGAAUGUAUACACUCAAGCAAAGCUGGAAUUGGAUCCUCGGUUAUUAGAUGUUCAUAGCACAAUGAAGUCUAUUAAUGAAUUACUAGAAUGUUUUUUGCGGGAAAAAUUGUAUGUAAAAACAGAAGAUGUAUCUGGAGGAGCUUGCCUUAAUUUCUUGAAGAAGGUUUAUGAAACUGUAUGCUCAUUGGCAACCAAUUUUCUUUGUUUUUUCACCUAUGAUAUGGAUGCCAAGGAGAAGACAUUUGAUUUGCUGGCAAGAGAGGUAUUUGUUGCUGUAGGGUACCUUUUGGAGAUUGAAUAUGAAGUCACUGGUAAUAAUUUAACCAGCUUGUGGCACAUGAUACUUUCUUACUUUGCUGUUGGCCAUGGGUUCAAGAGUGCUUGUGAUCAAGAGUCAAUCACCUCCCUAUUCAUAGGACUUGGAUGCCAGUUAAUAAAGCUCUAUAGUGAACUUCGGCAGGUGACAGUCGCAAUAUCUACUCUGUGUAAAGCUAUCAGGCUUGUAGUAACUCGUGAUAAUGAUGGUGAUGGGAAUCAAAAGGGUAAUAACCCUAUGUCCUUUUCAUGCUUUUCUUAUGACACGUAUGGGAAAACUUUGGGACUUCUUUUAUCUUCACAAGGAUUUCGACUUGCCUUGCAUAAUGGUAUUAAAUCUCUACCAGAAGGACAAGCAAGUGAUUGUGUGCAUAAAAUAUGCACAGAUGUGUCUGAAUCCAUUCAAUGGAUAAAAGAUAGUGGUUCCAUGGAAGAUGUUAUUAAGUGUGAUGAAACGAGUCAAAGAAGUUGUAGAACCCUACAUUUCAAUAUUCGAGAGGAAACUUUUGGAAGACUUUCUGAAGUUUACACGGUUGUUCUAGAUUCACUUAAUGUCACUGCUGGGAACUGCAACCUUGUUGAGGGGUCUCUAAGAGACUUAGUAAGCACAAUAAGCCCAUGCAUGAGUAUUUUGGUCGGGCAAGAAUCAGAUAAUGCCAACCAGUUCCUUUAUUUUGUUACUGGAAGAUGUAGGACUGAGGAUGAAUCUGACCUGUCUGCCCACUGGGUCUUUCUAUUUUUCUGCCAACUGUUCAUGUCUUGUCGAAGCUUGUACCGCCAGGUAAUCAGCCUUAUGUCUCCAAGUUUGGCAAGGAAGAUGUCAACCGAAACAGGUGACUUGCAUACUGCUUACUCUGGAAAGGAUUGGACGGAGAGGACAGAAUGGACAUUUGAAGGAUAUUUCUCCUGGAUCCACCAGCCAUCAGCUUCUCUUCUUGACAUUAUACAGUCCACUUCUGAUUAUUGUUUCGGGAAGAGGAUUGUCAAUUCCUCCCCCCUGGUUUAUAUAUUCCAUGCUAUGGCUCUUCAGAGGCUAGUUGAUCUGAACAGGCAGUUCAAGUCUCUAGGGUAUAUACUGGACAACAAUGAUAAGAUCGUCAAAAACAAGUUGUUUGAUGAUGCUGGCUCAUCUCUGUAUCGUAAAAGGAGUAGAAAGUUGGGUAAACACAUCUCUGUCUUGAAGCAGGAGGCAACUGAUCUUACUGAGUAUGUGAUGAGUUACCUCUCGCUAGUGGUUGGUGAUCAACUCUGGGCUGGCCUUUCUAAUGUUUCAAGCCCUGAAAGUUGUCCUGUUGAAGCUAUCCAUGAACCUUAUCAGUGGGACUGGAGUGUUUGUUCUAUCCACAAGAGCUCGUUGCCUAUUGCUCUCUGGUGGAUUGUUUGCAGAAACAUCAAUGCUUGGUCUAAUCAUGCUAGUAAGAAGAAGUUGAAGAUUUUCCUCUCAUAUAUGAUUAGCUCUUCACUUCUAUGUAUGGGAAGUAGCACUAUGCAGGUGGGAAAGCUGCAUGGGAAUGAAGCUCAUAUGCCAAGCAAAAUCUCUCUGCAUCAGAUAUCAUCAGAGCUUAUCAUGGACAUCAACCUAUACGAGUAUAAAUUUGUUUGCAGGCUAUUCACCUCAAGAUUUUGUCAUUUGCUUGAGAGAUCAGUUCUAUCUUUAUUUGCUGAGUUUAUGAUCAUGGACACAGACUUGAGUUCUUCACCCGAUUGGCAAGAGGUUUUAAACAAACUUGGAAACUUGCCGGCUGUCAUCCCAAGGAGCAAACAACUUGGAUGUUUCUCCAGUGGUGAAAAAGUGCUUGAAGAAGGGUUUGUGAUGCGUCCACAUAGUUCUAAGGAGCUGAUUGAAUUUAAAUGUACUUCCUGUCAGAAGUUACUAAAUCUUUUGAGUUGGGUGCCAAAAGGAUAUAUGAAUUCAAGAUCAUUCUCCCUCUUGAUGACUUAUGUGCUCAACCUGGAAAGGCUUAUAAUUGGAUACUUAGUAAACUACCAUUCAAAUUGGUCGUAUAAGCAUCAUGAAUUGUUGAAACUGUUUGUGUGCUGCCGGAGGGCCUUGAGAUACACAAUAAUGGCAUUUUGCGAGGAUGGGGUUGCUCAGCGAUCACCGGAUAUACCUGUAGUGUCUGGAAACAUACAUGUGGUUCAUUGGCUUAUCAAGUCAGUUUCUGUUACUGUUGGGCUUCAAGAAACUCCGCCACAAGAUUAUGUAGAUGAAGUUCGAGGGGCAAUCUUCUCAAUCAUGGAUCACACAUCGUAUAUAUUCUUGACCUUAAGCAAGUAUCAAUCUUCAUGUGCUUUCCGCUCUUCACUUGCUAGGAAAGCAAGCAAGCAACUUUUUGGUUCUAAUGUUGUUGAGGAACAGAGUACUUUAACUGAAUCCAAUCCAAGUUCUGAUGAUCCUGAAGAAUUGGUAGCCUUACAAAGCUUUCUUCUUCUUUCUGAGAGUUUAAAGAAAGAGUCAGAACACAUACUUAAUUCCUUAAAUGCUUUUCAUUGCAAUGACAAUUUGAAUGAUGAAGUUGGUGCUGUGAAUUUGCACAAACUAUCCUCUGCAGUUUCUUGCUUCAGUGGUUUCUUGUGGGGCCUUGCUUCUGCCUCAGACGACUCUCAUGCAACAGAUAAGAAGCUUCAGGAGCAGUUUCUGGGAUCAAAAUCUGAUCUUAUAGCUACAAUUCGUUCCUGUAUGAAUCUGUUUUCUGAGUUCGUUAGAGUCUGCUUGUACAUGUUUCAGGCUGAGGAUAAAUAUGCUAGUGUUGGUUUGUUGGAUGCAUGGAAACUCUCGUUCUCUGUGGAGAGUGAUACUCCAUGCUGCAAGUAUCAUGUAAAAUGUCAAGGACAGGGAGACGAGAAGGAAAAACCUGACAUUGGUAGUGAGCCACAGAAUAUGCUGUCAGAAGAUAAGCAUUCCACUACAAUUCUUGUGGGAGGCAGUCAUCCUGAAGGUGGGAACUUAAUCAGACAGCUGUUACUUGCUUCUUCAGCCAUUCUGAAGCUCAACUUGAAAAUGAAGGUUAAAACUUGCUCGACCUUGGUUUCAAGCUCUAUAAGUAUAUCUGAAGUUUUGCUGCUGAAGUUCACAGCUGUCCGCGAAGUGCCAAAACCAUACUCUUUCAUUUGGUUAGAUGGGGUUCUGAAGUAUCUCCAAGAACUCGGGAGUCAGAUUUGUUCUAGUAGCUCUGCAUCACCCAAUGAUCCUUAUACCCAGCUUGUGGAGUUGCACUUGAAGGCUAUAGGAAAGUGCAUCAGUUUACAAGGGAAAGGAGCCAAUCUUGCUUCCCAUGAUACUGAGACGAGUUUUAAAGUUAUACCUGGACAUUCAGGAUCACCUGAAGUAUCACUUAGUCAUGGGCCCCACUACUUGCAUGAAUUUAUAGCAAGAAUGAGGCUUUCAUUUCAAGUUCUUGUAAGGAAAUCGCCCGAGUGGCACCUACUGUCCGCAGUUCAGACUAUAGAGAGGGCACUGGUUGGAGUGCAUGAAAGUUAUGCAGUUAUCUAUCAGAUAACAUUUGGAGGUGCAAAUGGUGGAAGCAUUUCCCCAACAGUUGCAGCUGGCAUAGAUUGCCUUGAUCUAGUUCUGGAGUAUGUUUCAGGAACCAAACAGUUAAAUGUUGUUAAGAAACACAUUCAAAGCCUGCUCUCUACUUUAUUCAACAUUGUAUUGCACCUGCAAGGCCCCUCUAUUUUCACCAGAAGAGAAGCUUCUGUUAGGAAUGAUAUUUGUCCAGAUCCAGGGGCAGUCAUUCUGAUGUGCGUUGAAGUAGUAACGAGAGUGUCUGCAAAGUCUUCUCUAUUUCACAUGGAUUCCUUCCACGUGGCACAGUCCCUACGCCUUCCUGCUGCACUUUUUGAAGAUUUUAGUCAGCUCAGGUAUUCUGAGGGCCUAGACAGAUAUCUUGUCAAGGACAUGAAUCCUCCCUCCCAUGUAGACAGACACUUCUCUGUUGAGUUGUACGCUGCAUGUUGUAGAUUAUUGUGCACGAUUCUGAAGUACCAUAGAAGUGAGUCAGAGCGGUGCAUUGCGCUCCUUCAAGAGUCUGCCAGUGUGCUGCUGAACUGUUUGGAGAUUGUCGAUUCUGAUUCGGGCUCAAAAAGAGGUUACUUUUCAUGGAACACUGAAGAGGGAGUAAAAUGUGCUUGCUUUUUCCGAAGGAUCUAUGAAGAGCUACGACAACAAAGAGAUGUAUUUGGCCAGUACUGUUGCAAAUUCUUAUCCAGCUACAUAUGGCUUUAUUCAGGAAUGGGUCCCCAUAAAACUGGCAUAAAAAGGGAAGUAGAUGAAGCCCUUAAACCCGGAGUCUAUGCACUAAUCGAUGCUUGUCCCGCUGAAGAUCUUCAGAGUCUGCACGAUGUGUUUGGAGAGGGUCCCUGCAGAAACACAUUAGCAGCUCUCCAACAUGAUUACAAACUAAAUUUCCAGUACGAAGGAAAAGUCUGAUUGAAACAGCAGAAGGCUCUGCUUGCUGGUGCGUAGAAUCUGGGCUUUAUAUUAUCCCGUGACAAGUUUAAAUUGCUUUGCUGCUUUGUUGUACCUUAGGUAAUUCCAACUUGUGAGUUAGCUAACUGCCAUUUGUCUGCUGAUGAUAUAUCGAAAAAUGAAACUGUAAAUGGUCUUCUCCACAAGAGCCAUGUUUAUUUUUUUACCUGGGAUAGGUGGAUGAUGAACAAUGGAAACGGUCAAAUGAUAGUGUGAUAUCAGGGAAGAUUUUAGGGAUGAUUCAUUCAACAAAUUCCUUGUGUUUUCUCAUUACACAAUCUUUACCUACUCUUACGAUGGCUGCUA